AUGAUUCUUCGUAAUGGCUUCUGCCGCCCCUCCUGCUUUCUGGGGUUGCUUUUGCUGUUGCUGCUGCGCUCAGAAGGACUCCACUGUCAAAUACACCAACCAAAUAAUAAAACUACAAGAAUUGGAGCUGUCUUCGACAGUGGCUCUCAAAUUGGGAAGCAGCAGAUGGUAGCAAUGAAGAUGGGUUUGAGGCACUUUCAUUUGUCUUCUUCCUGUCAUAAGUUGGAGCUUCUUCUCCAUGAUUCUCAUCCAAACUUCACUUCUUCUGUAACCGUUUUUCCGACAGCUUUGGAUCUCAUUACCAACGGAGGAGUCAAAGCGGUAGUUAUUGGAUCAGUGAGAGCGCAGGAUUUGAUUGCCAUCUCCGACCAUGAAAUUCCUGUCGGAGUUCCCAUCCUUUCCAUUUCAGCUACACAAUUACACCCUAAAAAAAUCCCAUCUUUGAUUCAAAUGGCCAACAACAUCACCCACCGCAUGCAAUGCAUUGUUUCAAUUUUGACCCAUUUUCAAUUGCCGCCAAAAGUCACCGUCUUUUAUGAAAUCACAAAUAUUGAUCAUCCCUCUGAAUAUUCUUCCAUCUCGGCCGAUCGUCUCUUUGAUUCUUUUCGAUCGGUAAACGUAGAGAUCGAUCACCGUCUGGCCUUAUCUUCUUCCUCCAAUCAAGCUGAAAUAUUGAUUGAAAAUGAAUUGAAGAGGGCUAUGAAGAGCCAAAGGAAUGGGGUUUUUGUAGUAACACAACUUUCUCUAGAGCUGGCUGAUCUUCUAUUUACAAAAGCUAAGAAAUUGAAUAUGGUUGGAAAUGGAUAUACCUGGAUCGUCUCAGAUGAUGUUUUAGAUCUCAUUCCCUCUUUAGAUUCUUCUUCUUCUCUUUUGUACAAAAUGGAAGGUGUUAUUGGGUUUCGAACAUAUUUCAGUGACACCAAAAAGUCCUUCAAGAGCUUCGAAACCAAGUUUAAGAAGAUGUACAAUUUAGAAUAUCCAGAAGAUAAAGAGCCAAUAAAAGCAAGUAUUUUCGCCGUUCGAGCUUACGACGUGGUUCGUUCCAUCGCCAGAGCCAUGAAAACUUUGGGAGAUAAUAAUUUAAGCUCAAGUGAUCAACUAUUGGAGACAAUUCUAGAGAGCAAUUUUGAAGGGCUUAGUGGAAUGGUGAGAUUCAAGAAUGGGAUGUUAAUAUCUCAAUCACCAAAUUUUGAAAUCAUUAAAGUGGUGGAUCAAAGUUACAAGCCAGUUGCUUUUUGGACACCCAAAUCAGGUUUUGCUGAGAGCUUCGUGGAAAAUAAUAAAAAAUCAGCUCUUAGAUCCAACAAUAUGGGAAAUAUGGUGGGUGUAAGACAUUUAUCAGAAAGCUUUACCAGAGAAGAUGGUGAUGGAGAAAAACAAUUGACAUUUGCUGUUCCAGGGCAAGGAGCGUGUCAAGAAUUCGUAAACGUGCACAGGUUUGAGAAUGGAACCGAACAUUUCAGUGGAUUUUCCAUUGCCGUGUUUAAUGAGAUUAUGAACAACAUUAAAAAUAUGCCGUCCUACAAGUUUGCUCGUUUCAACCACUCAUAUAAUGACAUGAUAGAUGCGGUGUACAUGAAGGAAUACGAUGGAGCAGUGGGGGACAUAACAAUACUGGCAAAGCGAUUUCAACAAGUGGAUUUCACGGUGGCAUAUUUAAAGACGGACAUUGUGAUGGUGGUAAGGGAGAAGCAUGAGAGGUGGAGAAAGUUGUGGGCUUUCAUGGAUGCUUUUAAGCCUCAAGUGUGGGUGUUAAUACCCACAAUGCAUCUUUUCAUUUCCUCCCUUAUUUGGUUAAUUGAACGUGAGAAUAACGAGGAGUUGAAGGGUUUUGGAAACAUGCUGUGGUUUUCUGUUUCCCUCAUCUUUUACAUGCAAAGAGAGCCCGUCAAAAAUGUGUUGGCUCGGUUGGUGCUGGGGCCGUGGUUGUUUGCGAUUUUCGUGGUCACGGCGAGUUUCUCAGCGAGCUUGACGUCGAUGUUGACGAUCUCUUGGUCUCAACCGUCGGUGACCACUGUUGAAAUGUUGAAGGAGAUGAAUGCCACGGUUGGGUGCAAUGCGGAGUCUUUCAUAUGCAAUUAUCUCAAGGAUACCCUCCAAUUUGAAUCAUCAAAUAUUAAGAGGAUGGAGUCCUUAGAUAAUUACCCAAAGGCAUUUGAGGAUGAUAGCAUUAAGGCUGCUUUCUUCAUAAGCCCCCAUGCAGAUGUUUUCCUCCUAAAAAAUUGCAAACGCUACACCAAAGGCGUUUCCUCUUUCAAGCUCGGCGGGAUCGGGUUUGCAUUUCCAAAGGGGUCAGAUCUUGCUGCCAAGGUUUCUAAAUCCAUCGCCGAAUUAACCCUACAAAACAAUAUCUCACAAAUGGAAAAAACCCUACUCAACUCUUUCAAUUGCCCUUCAGCUAACGAAGGAAAUAGGGUGGGCUUAGGACCUCGACCUUUCCUAGGCCUAUUCUUUGUUUGUGGCUCUAUUGCUUUGUUCGUUUUGUUAUAUAUUGGCCUACAAUUCAUGAUACCCAAACUGGGGCUGGAUUCAAAACUCCAUUGGACCCCACAAGACCGUACCUUAGACCAGGCCUACACCCAAGAACAGUUGUAG